AUGAGUACGGAGUGUGUCUUGAAGGCUGAGGUGGAAGUUGGGAUGGGGAGUGUGGGGGUUGAGUCGCCACUUCCAUUUUGGCUGCCAGUAGUUGUUGGCACGUCCACUGGUGUCGUCGGCAUUGAAAAUAGCUCGGGCAACGUCACUGUUGUCGUGGUCGAUGUGGUUGUUGAUGUUGUGGCCUGCUGCUGUUGA